GGAAACCGCCAGCCAAUUAAAGAGAGGAAAAGGCAAGGGGGGGGAAGGUGGGCUUCCGCUGUGACUGGAAGAGAAGCUGAAGGGAGCCGGAAGAGACCGUCGAAGCUUUUGAGGGGAAGAGAAGCGAGCGGCGGGAGGCCCAAUUGAGGCGACAGGAUGUCUUCUGGUGCUUUAUUCCCAACCUUGGUGCCCGGCUCUCGGGGCUCAUCAAGCAAAUACCUGGUCGAGUUCCGUGCAGGAAAGAUGUCUUUGAAAGGCAGCACGGUCACCCCUGAUAAGAGGAAGGGCCUUGUCUACAUACAGCAAACGGAUGAUUCCCUCAUUCACUUCUGUUGGAAAGACAGGACAUCUGGGAACGUGGAGGAUGACCUGAUUAUAUUUCCUGAUGACUGUGAAUUUAAAAGGGUGUCUCAGUGUACUACUGGCCGUGUCUAUGUGUUGAAGUUCAAGGCUGGGUCCAAGAGACUUUUCUUCUGGAUGCAGGAACCUAAAACGGAGAAAGACGAAGAACACUGUUGUAAGGUGAAUGAGUACCUCAACAAUCCACCCCUGCCUGGAGCUUUAGGAGGCAGUGGAAGUGGGGGCCAUGAACUUUCUGCCCUUGGAGGUGAGGGUGGUUUGCAAAGUCUUCUGGGAAACAUGAGUCAUAACCAGCUGAUGCAGUUGAUUGGACCAACAGGCUUAGGAGGACUUGGUGGACUUGGUGCUUUAACAGGUCCUGGUCUGGCUAGUCUGUUGGGCAGUGGGGGGCCUCCAACGAGCAGCUCUUCUUCCAGUUCUCGCAGCCAGUCAGCAGCUGUGACACCAUCCUCCAGUACCUCCUCCACACGGGUAACGCCCGCUCCUGCUGCCCCUGCAGCUGCCGCGGCCACUAGUCCUAGUCCUGCUCCGAGCUCAGGAAACGGGACCAGCACAGCAACAAGUCCUACACAACCCAUCCAGCUGAGCGAUCUUCAGACCAUCUUAGCUACUAUGAAUGUACCAGCCGGAACAGGAGGACAGCAAGUUGACCUGUCCAGUGUGCUUACUCCAGAAAUAAUGGCACCUAUUCUGGCCAACACAGAAGUCCAAGAGCGCUUGCUGCCUUACCUUCCUUCCGGGGAAUCUCUGCCGCAAACAGCAGAGGAGAUUCAGAACACGCUCACCUCUCCGCAGUUCCAUCAGGCGUUGAGCAUGUUCAGUGCUGCCUUGGCUUCUGGGCAGCUGGGACCCCUGAUGAGCCAAUUUGGCUUACCAGCAGAGGCCAUAGACGCAGCAAAUAAAGGCGAUGUAGAGGCGUUUGCAAAAGCCAUGCAGAACAACGUCAAAUCCGACCAAAAGGAAGGAGAAGCAAAGGAGAAGAAGGACGAAGAGGAGGACAUGAGUUUAGAUUAGGUUUCUUAAUUGUGUCUGAAUAAUACUCCUAGAUAUUAACUUUAAGUAGAAUCCCUAGCUGACUCCAUAUAUUGAAUCUACAAGUAAAGGAUCUCACUCCCAAAAUUCUUUCUGGAAAUAACGUUUUUCCCUGUUUCUUGUUAAAGCCCAGGCAACUGUUUAGCCUUAAGACACCACUUGUCCCAAGGAAAGAUUUGGUUGAACUAAAGGCAAUCUUGCAUCCAGUAAAACUGUAGCUUUUAUGUUUGAAGGGUUAGCCUACAUCUCUUAGUUUAUAUAUAUUUUUUAUAUUUAGCCAAUUGUACCUGGGUGUGUCUAUAUUUGGUGGAAUAUUUGACUUCUUGCCUUCCUUAAAGAUUUGAGGGGCUCCUGGGAGUCUGAUCCCCUCCACUCCCUCUGUGUUGGAUAAUGUGGGGCCUGAGGAAUUGUUUGAGCAGAAUGUUUUCACAGAAACUACAAAUCUGGGUAUUUCUAACUGGCUUAAGCUCUAGUUGCAAAGAGCCUUCUCCAAGGGUAGGUUGGGCGUAUGACACAAGGUGAUAAAGAAUGGCUACGGCUUUGGGAUUGAUAAAUAACUGGCAAAAAAUAUUGAUAUUCGGGGGAGGUUAUAGAAUUGAACCCUUGCAAGCAAUUCAGUUGGUUGUAAGCAUGUAAUUCACGGUGUACAAAGCGGGAAAACCAGUAUCCCCUUUCGUGGUUUCCUAUGAAUGCAUUUACUCAAACAUAUUCUCCUGCAUUGAGGCCACUUUGUGCACAAAUAUUACAAGAAAAGAACAAUCAGAAAAAUUUAUUGGAAGUAUGUAGCAACGAUGUACAGAAAUAUUGCUUUCAUUAUUCAGCCCCCAAAACAAGUUGCUGAAAUAAAAGUCAGGAUGAGUUAAAAUCCACUUUUCAAUAUGUACCCCAGCAUUAAAAUAACAAAUAUACUGAUGAGUAAUAAAAUUCUUUUUAGAACCAUCUUAACCCAAUGUGAUGGGGUGGAUGUUUCUAAGUGCACAAGUGAACCUGGUUUGAUAUUGAGGAGUAAGGGAAGUUAGCUGAUGGAAAGGGAAGUUGUGAUACUAAAACUGAAGAAGACGUAACACGACAGCGUAAGAGUGAAGGAUUGGUGUUUUUUUCCUGAAAGGCGCUGAGGACAUCACCUUAAUAAAUGAAAACUGUGUUUUCCUUUAAUGUCACUGAAAUGUAGACUGCAGCAACAGCACCUAAGAUGAAGGGACCCCCCCCCCCGUUUUUGCCUGGAGUCACAAAAUCCGCUUAAAUCCUAGAUCUAGACUCUUGUGCUAUUAAGCAAACCACAGUAUGGCCGAUCAUCAUGGACUGGCUAGGUUCUCACAACACUGAACCGCAAAGUACUCCAGAUCCAGGUUAAUUAUAUCACACUUGACGGGCAAACCUAAUUAAGCAAUGCCCAAUACAUUUUUUAUCAAUUUCGGAAAGUUGGUGAAGACAAAAUUUCAAGUGUAAUUUGUAUCUGCGGGAAAAGGGAAUGCGGGUGCCUUUUGCA